AUGGCGGAUAAUAUCGACAUUGAAACCGGUGUGGUUUUGAACAACCCUACGCAUGAAGGAAUACUGGAUAAUGACAGUGGAGAAACCUCCUCUUCCCGUUCUAGAUCGGAAUUUGGGGCCUGUCGCUUUAUUAGGAGGAUUAUAACCAGAUUCAGGAGUAGCCGAGCAGAAUCUACAUGUGACUCUCCUGAAGAUAUAUUUAAGAGUAUGGACGAUUAUCCGAAUGGAUACCCACGGCUUGGAGCAUACAUCGCAACAGAUAAGAAUAACUUGAUAUUCCGCCGAUUCAAUUAUCUACAAGCAAGAGUAUUGCUUAAUCUUCAAGACCAGCUCCGAGCAUAUGAAGAGGAGCUUGAGUCACUUGACAGGUAUAGCGAUACUCUACAUUCGAGCCAGGCGAGUGACGAGGCAUCACGAAUUCGUACUGGGCUAUUGCAGAAGAUCGAAGAUAAAUUCAAAACAUAUGUCUCAAUUCUGCAGCACGUGUCGUACUUCUCUCUUCGAGCAGAACCCCUAGAAACGCACUUCAAGAGUCUAAAACAUUUUUAUGAUAUACAUGACCCUCUUCCGGAAAAGGACAAGUAUUAUCUCUACAAGGAAGACUUGAUGGCAAUUAAGCCGCGAGAAGACACGUCGGGUUUCGAUGUACGCCUGAUGAAAUUUCUGUUGGACGCACCUAACAGGUUCACCCGUAGGAUUUUUAACGAUAGAGAGCAUAGUGGUCGACACGAAUAUACGAUAGUCCUUAACGCUCGCAAAAUCAUGAUCGCGAGGGGUAUUCUUCUAGGAAUUCCAUUAAUCGUGCUACUCCGUUCUGACCGAGAACAACCCAGGUAUACUGCAAUGGUCGAUCCAAACGCCCGAAAACACAAUGCAGAUCCCAAACGCAAGAUCUUGAGCACUUCAACUACUGAGAAUACAUCUGCAAGUUCCUCGUCGACGAUGGGCUAUAGUGACUUCUUGGCGGGUUUUAAAUGGUUCAGUAGAAAAUCUCUACGACAAUCAAGCGAUGAUGGUUCGACCGACUCAAAGACUAGCAAGUCUGGGAAGGAUAGUCCGAGGCAAGAAAACCCCAAGCAAGACAAUGGUAUGAAAGAUACAGCGAAGAGCGAUGGGGCGAGGAAAAGUCGACAUAAGAAGAAAAAGAGGUAA